UUUUGUUUUUUUGGUUCGGCUUGUUAUUUGUUUUGCGAGAGAAAAAACAUAGAGAAAGAUGAGAUCCUUGUGGUUAUUAGGUUUCGUGGUGGUGCUACGUAUUAAAUUGGCGUACAGUCAAAAUGAGGAUGAACAGGAGAAAUUGGGUUGCAUUUGGUAUGGUCAAAGUCAUAUGAUUGGACAGCAUUGGCAAAAUCUGGCCGAUACACGGCCAGCGCGUGCCCUAAACGAUCCCGAGGCGGAGGCGACUUUCGCCCGGCGUUGCCCCACCUUGUACAAGGAAUACAAAGGUGAGAAUGGCGAUGAAGAGCUAGAACUUUGCUGCGAUGCAGCACAAAUCGCCACAAUGGAUGCCGGCUUGACGCAGGCCGAUGGCGUCUACUCGCGUUGUCCGACGUGUACGAAAAAUAUGGGACUCACUGUAUGCGCCAUGACCUGUGCGAAAAAUCAUACGCUCUUCCUUACCGCCUACAACGACACCAAUCCGAGCGGUGUGGAUUUCGUUGAACAUAUCGAUUAUCGACUGGUCGAUAAUACGGUCGAAAGGAUAUACAAUAGUUGUGCCAGCAUACAGCAUCCGCAAACCGGGCGGCCGGCCAUGGAUUUGGGUUGUGGGGCAUAUAAUGCCAAAACCUGUAAUUAUCGUCGUUGGUAUAAUUUCAUGGGCGAUGCUUCGGCCAGUGAUUAUGUCCCAUUUACGAUUAACUAUAUGUGGCUGGCGGAUGCCGAUGAGGAUAAUGAGGAUAUCUAUUUGGAAAUGUAUCCCUUGGAUUGUGGCGAACGAUAUGAGGAUAAUUAUGCAUGUGCUUGCAUAGAUUGUGCUGAAUCGUGUCCAUUAACCGAUCCGCCGACAGGGGUCGAGGAUCCCUGGCAAGUAGCCGGUCUCUAUGGCAUCACAUUCAUUGUGGGCCUAAUUGUGGGCAUUCUACUCUCUGGCCUCAUAUGCUGGGGUGCUUUGGGUCGUCGUGCUCCGCCCAAUGUCUGUAUGCCAACAUUAUAUGGUGAAUUCUUAUAUCUCGGCUUUCGCUGGUGGGGAACUUUCUGUGCCAAACAUCCCGUAUUGGUGUUGGCUCUGUGCUCUUGGACAAUUGCCGGCUUGGGUUAUGGUAUGAUCUAUAUGAGUAUCACCACAGAUCCGGUGGAAUUGUGGGCCGGCGAGGAGAGUCAAACGCGCAUUGAGAAGGAUUAUUUCGAUCAACAUUUCGGUCCAUUCUAUCGCACCAAUCAGAUCUUUGUGAAGGCCAUCAAUCAGAGCAGUUUCACUCACGAGGCAACCAGUGGUCUACUCACCUUUGGGCCGGCAUUUGAGCAGAGUUUCCUACAAGAGGUCUUCGAACUACAGGAAGCUAUUAUGCAAUUGGGCCAGGAGGAUGGUGAGGGUCUGGAAAAAAUCUGCUAUGCACCCAUUCUAAGAGCUGGGCAGACGGCGACAAUAGAUGAUUGCCUUAUACAAUCGAUUUACGGUUACUUUCAAAGUGAUAUGUCCAGAUUCCAAAGCUCAUAUGUCGAUGCCAAUAAUUAUACGAUCAAUUAUCUAAAUCAGCUGGAGGAUUGCUUGCGUGUACCCAUGAUGGAGGAUUGCUUUGGCUCCUAUGGCGGACCCAUUGAACCGGGCAUUGCCGUCGGUGGAAUGCCAGCAGUGGAUGUUGGCGAUGAUCCAGAUUACAUGCUGGCCACCGGUUUGGUUCUCACCUUUCUGGGCAAGAACUACAUUGACGAGUCCCAGAUCGAGCCGGCGAAGGCAUGGGAGUUACGUUUUGUCAACUUUCUCAAAUCAUAUGAGAGCGAGCGUUUGGAUAUAGCCUUUUCGACAGAGCGUUCCAUACAGGAUGCUAUUGUGGAACUGUCCGAGGGUGAGGUUGGCACUGUUGUGAUUAGCUAUCUGGUGAUGUUCCUUUACGUGGCCGUUGCAUUGGGUCACAUACGCAGUUGUUGCACCUUCCUGAAACACUCACGCAUUAUGCUGGCCAUUGGUGGCAUUGUCAUUGUCUUGGCAUCGGUUCUAUGCAGUUUGGGAUUCUGGGGCUAUGUGGGCAUUACCACCACAAUGUUGGCCAUUGAGGUUAUUCCAUUCUUGGUGCUAGCUGUCGGUGUCGAUAACAUAUUCAUUAUGGUGCACACAUAUCAGAGAUUGGACCACAAGCGAUUUGCCACCACCCAUGAGGCGAUUGGUGAGGCAAUAGGCCAAGUGGGUCCAUCGAUACUACAGACGGCGGGCAGUGAGUUUGCCUGCUUUGCAAUUGGCGCUAUUUCCGAUAUGCCAGCCGUCAAGACAUUUGCUCAAUAUGCGGCAGCUGCCAUUCUAUUGGACUUUCUAUUUCAAAUUACCGCAUUCGUUGCCCUCAUGGCAAUCGAUGAGCGGCGCUUUUUGGAUGGACGUUUGGAUAUGUUGUGCUGUGUGCGUAGCAAGGAUCAGAAAAAGGAUCGUCAACUUGAUAUGAAUACGGAGACAGUUGAGCACACAAAAGAGGUUGGAUUAUUGGAGCAAUUGUUCAAGAACUUUUACACACCCUUUUUGCUAUCAAAACCAGUUAAGGUGAUCGUUUUGUUGGCAUUCACCAUUAUCACAUGCCUAUCUCUUAUGGUGGCACCCUCAAUCGAGCCCGGUCUGGAUCAGGAAUUGUCUAUGCCUACGGAUUCUCAUGUUGUGAAAUAUUUCCGUUAUAUGGUCGACCUUUUGGCCAUGGGUGCUCCGGUCUAUUGGGUAGUGAAACCUGGCAUAGAUUAUGCCCAGCCUGUCAAUCAGAAUCUCGUUUGCGGUGGCGUGGAGUGCAAUAAUAACUCAUUGUCCGUUCAAUUGUAUACACAGUCACGUUAUCCAGAAAUCACAGCACUUGCCCGACCGGCAUCGUCAUGGAUAGAUGAUUACAUUGAUUGGCUGGCGAUAAGCGAUUGCUGUAAAUAUAAUGUGACAACCGGAGGAUUCUGUGCUAGCAAUUCCAAGAGCGAAGAUUGUUUGCCCUGCGAGCGAUCCUUCACCGAGGAUGGUCUACGGCCAGAUGAGGCAACUUUUAACAAAUAUGUGUCAUAUUUUCUCUUUGACCUACCUGAUGCCGAAUGUGCCAAAGCUGGUAGAGCGGCCUAUGCAGAUGCUGUGAUCUAUACAUUAGAUGAUGAGGGCAUCGCUUCCGUACAGGACACAUAUUUCAUGCAAUAUUCAACCACAUCGACCACCUCGAUACAAUUCUAUUCACAGUUGCGUGAAGUGCGACGCAUAGCCAAUGAAAUCAAUGCCAUGUUCCAGGAGAAUGGUGUCGAUGCCGAAGUCUUUCCAUAUUGCAUAUUCUUCAUAUACUAUGAACAAUAUUUGACCAUUUGGAAUGAUACCCUGUAUUCGCUAGGCCUGUCGCUAUUGGCCAUAUUUGUUGUUACCCUAUUGAUCACUGGUUUGGAUAUCACCUCCGCCUUAAUUGUGCUAUUCAUGUGUAUCUGCAUAUUAAUCAAUAUGUUUGGCAUGAUGUGGGCCUGGAGCAUAACACUGAAUGCCAUUUCCUUGGUCAAUCUGGUCGUUUGCGUGGGCAUUGGAGUCGAAUUCGUUGCCCACAUAGUGCGAUCAUUUAAAAGGGCCACGGGCACAGCCCAACAGAGAGCCAUACAAUCGUUAAAUGUGACUGGAAGUAGUGUCCUAUCGGGCAUAACGCUAACCAAGUUCGCUGGCAUUGUCGUUUUGGCAUUCUCUAAUUCUCAAGUCUUUCAAAUAUUCUAUUUCCGCAUGUAUUUGGGCAUUGUAUUAAUUGGAGCAGCACAUGGCUUGAUUCUAUUGCCUGUUCUUUUAAGUCUGCUGGGACCAUUGCAUGGUCUAACAGCAAAAAGUUCAAGCAGUGAACCCACCACAAACACCUUAGACAUUUAGGCCAAUUUUUAUAUCUUUUAAGUGUGUAGGUGUACGAGUAUGUA